AUGGAGUCAAAUCUGCUUGAUAGCCUCCUUGACUUGGAAGAGCAGUUCUAUAAUGAAGGCUACGAGCUGGGAGCUGCCGAUGGGGCCAAGGCGGGGUACACCGAGGGCAGCGUCUUCGCCGUGGAGAAGGGCUUCGAGAAAUUCGUGGAGAUGGGCAGACUAUAUGGAAAAGCUUUAGUCUGGGCUCAACGCCUCGCGGAUUCAAAGUCGCCAGAACCGUCCGAAUCGCCAUUGGGUCAAUUUGUGACACCAGACACCCUCUCUCUCGAGCCGUCAAUUUGCAAAGAAAUGCCGAGUCUUCCGUCACAUAGUGUGCGCCUGGUCAGAAACCUCGAAACUCUGUUGGAGCUAGUUGAUCCAGCUUCUCUGGAUAUGAGCAAUACCGAGGAAGCUGUGAAUGACGUGGAUGAGCGCUUGAAGGGAGCCGCUGUCAAGGCCAAGCUUAUCCAGAGAGCCAUGGGCGAGGGCGAAGAGCCUCUGGGUACUUCAGCAAAUUCCAAAGAUGGCCAGAAACCUGGUGAUGGAACGGGCAGCAUCGAGGACAUCAGCUCGCUGAAUAUUCGUCACUGA